CUCGGUACGCAGAGCACGAGCGCUCUCCCUCUCGGAGGAUAGUUUGGAGCCUCGUACACUCUUUCCAUCCGGGCGUAUGUCAUCCGACAAGGAACCACUUCGUACUCGACACCGUCGAUCAGCUAGCGAUGCUACAGCCUUCACGCGCCCCAUCGUCGACGGACCGCCACCGCAGUUGCCACCCGUGGAGACCGAAGAGCGCCGUCGCCACAGGCAGAAGGAGAUCGAUCGACUCAUCGUCAACCGGAGAAUGAGGGCCUUGUCGACCGUCUACGAUCGCAAAGCGUCGUCCCCGUAUUAUCUGGUGGAAGAGGAAGAUGCUCUUCCUUUCGAACUGUACCCGAUCUUGUCCCUCACGGAAACCCCUGUUUCAGUAGAGGGUGGAACCUGCAGUUCAGGAGCUACUGUUUGAACACUCGAUGACGUCUCAAGUCGAUUGUGCAGUACGUGUAUAUGUAUCAUACGCGAUGGAAGUGAUUGGGGUGGAUAUUGCGGCUCAAGACCACCACCAAAGCGUGGUGGUCUUGAGAAUCAACAUCUUAUGCCUGGAUUAACGCUAGAGACCCUCUUG